CAUUGAAUUUUGAGUAUAGCAAAUCCCCUAUCUCUGAUAGAUUCGUCCCCAACCGAACGGGAAAACUCAAGAGUAGUCAGGGACACCACAAUGAAGUUAUUUGUUAACCCUUCAUAGAUCUCAUUCAUUCUAUUUUACUAAUCCAUUUAUUGUACUUUUAGGUACAAUGUCUCAUUGCAUCAUUUCUAAUUUUAACCACUAACUUAUGUGAGAGAGAUCUCUACACUUCCAGUUCGUGUAGUAACUAAGAAAGAAGAAGAUGGGAUCCAGUCAAUCUGUACAAGUCGUCGAAGAAGAGAGCGAAGAAGAAGAAGAAGAGGAGGACGAAGAAGAAGACGAUAAUGACAAUCCUAACCGUAGAGAAUUGUUAGAUAAUCAUUUAGUCAAAAAGGUUCUUGAACAAGAACCGGAAAUGUUACCUUGUCACGCGUCCGCAUCUCCGUUAUCUCCGCAGCUUUCCUCGCUGGGCACGCCGAGGUUGGGUCCUUCAAUUAAAGUGUGGGACCCGUACAAUGUUUUGUCGCCGCCGCCGCCCCCGCUGCCGAUAUUCUCUAGGAGUUUGUCGGUGGACGAGGAUCGGACGGUUAUGGAGGUCUUUCUGAUUAAUCACGCAGAGUGUGAAUUGAAUUUGAGACCGGAUUUGGUUGGAGGAAGAUGCCACGUGGCUAAAUUGACGCCCAAUGGGAAACGGCAAGCUAGGGCUUUGGCUGUGUUGUUGAAUUCUCAAGGAGUCAGGUUUAACGCCGUUUAUACUUCGCCUUUGGAUCGGGCUAGAUCCAUGGCUGUCUCUGUUUGUCAGGAAAUGGGUUUUGCAGAGGAGCAGAUACAAUCGUCCGAUGCGAUCGUGGAGAUGAGCUUGGGGCAUUGGGAGGGAUGCCUGAUGUCAGAAACAUAUACUCCUGAAAUUUUGAACUUAAUAGAAAGAUACCAGCCGGAUUUUUCUCCGCCUACUGGAGAAUCACUGAGGCAGGUAGAAUUUCGGAUGGUUCAAUUCUUGAAUGAGACAGUCCUGGGACUUGGUGAAAAAGUGAGGGUGGAUUUUUCGUUUCAUAACCAGAAUGAGAGCCAAGGGUUUUCACACAACUCACAUUCUUUAACUCAGUCAAUUAGUGAAAGAGCUGGGUCGUCUUUCCCUUCGCCGGAUUUGCUGCACAGGCAUAGGCAAGGUUUCUCAAGGAAGAAGUCUGGGAAAAGCAGGCUACAGUAUGUGACAACUACGGGUGAUCAUGAGGUUGAUGAUGAGAUUUCCCCUCGAGAAUCCAACCACCAGAAUGACCUCCAAGAUUUAAAUGUCAGGAGCUCUUCCUCCUCUAUGAUGUCUUGUGUUGGUGUUUUCACUCAUUCAGUGCCGAUUAAGUGUCUCCUCACUGGCCUUCUUGGAUGCAGUCCAGUAAUGGCGCAUAAAGUCUGCAUAGAUGAUUCUUCAGUGACAGUAUUACAGCAUUCAUGGAGAACCGGUUGGCAGGUAAAAAGGCUAAAUGAUACUGCACAUUUGAGGCUUCUCUAAUUAAAAGAACUCUAGUAUACUAUUGUGGAAUAUACUCACAGGAAAGUAAACUGUUGUUAGCUUGAAGCUUUCAUUGCUAUUAUUGAUGGAUCAGAUUCAUAUGCUUCAGUUCACAGGUUUUCACAUGAAUGGGUGAUACUUCUUCUAGUUGUUGUAGUCUUUGAUAUAUUUAUUUCCAGAUUGGCCAACUCCAAAGAGAAAAAGGUUUCAUUUGGCAGUUGGAUCUUUGUAUUGGUGAUUCUUUUGAUUGUAGUAUUUACUACAGCUGUUAUAAUUGAGUGAAACAUUAUGUAUUUCCUGUAUUCGGGAAUCGUGUUUUUGAAUUCAACGAAAUGAUGAGCUUGUACUUCUUUGUGAUUUAUACAAAUCAAAUCGCUAUGCUUAGAGCAUAAUAGUGAUAUCAUUUUUCU